CGCCCCCUUGUAGUGAGCACCAGAAGCCGUGUUUACUCCUGGCGAUCUUCUGCGUCACAGACGGAGUCGGAGUCCGUGUCCGUGUCAGCUGGGAGCAGGAUCUGCAGAAGCAGAAAGCCGGACAAGUCGCGCCAAGGAGCCCGAUCGUCGCUUCUUCCCACCCCAGAACGAGCCAGGCAGGGCUGCCACCAUGGUCAAGGUGUCCUUCAGCUCGGCCCUCGCCCAGAAAGAGCCGAAGAAGGAGGAGCGCAGCGAAGCGCUCAUUGCGGACGAGAAGGACCUGGAGAAUGGCGUGCUCAUCCGGCAGCAGUCCAGGGCCUGGUGCUGGUGCCUCAGCCUGGGAUUGGCACUCAUGCUUGGCGGAGUCGUCGUGGGCGGGGCCUACCUGUACCGAUACUACGUGUUGCAGAAGGGGCAGGUGUUUUAUUGCGGGGUGAAGUACAGGGAAGAGGACUUCAUGAUCCGGGAGGAGGAGGUGGAAGCGCCACUGCCCUCGCAGCUGCGCCAGAUACAGGAGAAGGUUCGUGUGCUGGAGGAUGACGAGGUGGAGCUCAUCAACGUUCCCGUGCCCGAAUUCACGGACAGCGACCCCGCCGACAUCGUCCACGACUUCAACCGGAGGCUGACCGCAUACCUGGACCUCAACUUGAACAAGUGCUACGUGAUCCCCCUGAACACAUCCAUCGUGAUGCCACCCAGGGACUUCCUGGACCUGCUCAUUAACAUCAAGGCUGGGACAUACCUGCCGCAGUCCUACCUGAUCCACGAGCAGAUGAUGGUCACGGAGCGGCUGGACAAUGUGGACCAGCUGGGCUACUUCAUCUACACCCUCUGCCGUGGGAAAGAGACGUACCGGCUACAGCGCAGGGACACCAUUCUCGGCAUGCAGAAGCGCGAGGCUCUCAACUGCCACAAGAUCCGUCACUUCGAGAACAAGUUUGUGGUGGAAACGCAGAUCUGCGAGCCGUAGAGGCGGCGUGCCGCGCCGCACCCUGCCCCGCCGCAUCCUACCAGCAAGCCCUCGAACCACUCUCCUUACGUCACUCUCGAGUGCAGUGGAGCUGUUUUACCCGUUUUAGCUGUUUGUUCAGUUUCUCUUUUCUCUCUCCUUGCUGGUAUUUGUGUUCGCUAAUGUUCCUCACCCCAGAUAAGGAGUUCUCGCGUCACUGUGUCGUUGAUCUCUUAGCAAUAUAAAGCAUCAGAAAGCUAAUAAAUGUUAGUUUUUGUUAUUUUGUACAUGUUGAUGAGGUGUAUGAGCCUUUCGUUUGGGUUUUUUUUUGUUUGAUGUGCUUUCCUUUUAGGACAGAAGUCCUAGUGUAAGAUUAAAACCAGGUAAGAUUUAGCAUUUAGAGAAUAUAUGCAUACAUUCUUAACUGAGAGAAGUUGUUUCAAUUGUUGAUGGGAACAACUGUAGCGUAUAUAUAAACUUUUCAAUUUAAAAGGUUCUUACAUAGAAGCAAAU